GUGUGUGUGUGUAUGUGUGUACAUCAUUGGGAUAUUGAUAUAUAUACUGAUGUGUGUGUGUGUGCUUGUCAUAUAUGUGUACUUGUAUACAACUGGGAAAUAGUGUAGGAUACAAAUGUAAUUCAAUCAUUUGAAAGCUACAUAUGCUUGGAUAUAAAAGUAAACAUGAAUUAGGAGAAACCAUAUAGAUUUAUAUCAUCUAAAACAUUUUCACUGAAUAAUCAAAUAUUGAUUUUGAUUAGACUAAAUUUAUUAAUUAGACAUUCAUUAAUAAGUUCCUUCAAUAAAAACACAACAAACAAAAUGGAGAAUGGAGAAGAUGAAGAUGAAGAUGAUCUUUCUGAAGUAUCAUUUUAUCAAUCACAAUUACAUACAGUACAAUUAAGAAAUAAAUUAGUCAAUCAACAAUCAGGUAGUCGUGCACCAACAAUGACUAUAGAUGUUGUACGUGUUGGUAGACCAUUAAAAAUUUUAGCUUUAUUAUUAUCCUUAAUUAGUAUAUUAUUAUUUGUUGUUGGCUCAGUCAGUACAUCAUGGAUUCAUAUUCAUUUUAAAUCAAUUGGUUUAUUUCAACAAUGUGAUAGUCUAUUAAAACAAUUCAAUCUCAAUCCCAAUCCCAAUCAUAAUAAUAAUAAUGAUAAAUUAUUCAUGAAUACAGAUAAUAAUGAAUUAAAUGAGAUUGAAAAAAUUUGUCAAUUUCGUGAUUUCCUAAAUGUUAAUGUACUUAUCAUUAUUAUCUUAGAUUUGAUUGCUUUGAUCUUAGCAAUAAUUGGAAGUUCUUUACUAUUAAGUGGAAUAUUCUCAUUGAAUAUUAAACGUAAACGUACAUUUUAUCAUAUAUCAAUUGUAUUGCAUAUACUUUCAUGUAUCACAAUAUUAUCAGCAUUAAUUAUCUUAGUGAUUGAAUGUAUGAAUGAAGCAAAUCAGAAUUCAUCAUCUACAUCAUCAUCAUCAUCAUCAUCAUCAUCAUCAUUAGAGAAUCAAUCAACUAUUACAAUUGGGAUUUCGAAACUGCAAUUAGUCUCAGUUGACUAUUUACAUUCACCAAUAGCAUAUCUGCUUGGUUUAAAUGUGUUUGCAAUUUUGUUGGCACAAGGAAAAGGAAAGAAACAAGAAUUAUGA